AUGAGCCUCCUCCUCGCCUUCUACCUGCUCGGGUUGCUUGUCAGUAGCGGGCAAGCUCUUCUUCAAGUGACAAUUUCACUUAGCAAAGUAGAGCUUAGUGUGGGUGAAUCUAAAUUCUUCACAUGCACAGCAAUUGGUGAACCGGAGAGUAUAGAUUGGUAUAAUCCUCAAGGAGAGAAGAUAAUUUCAACACAGAGGGUAGUGGUGCAGAAGGAAGGCGUUAGAUCACGAUUAACCAUCUACAAUGCAAAUAUAGAAGAUGCAGGGAUAUAUCGCUGUCAAGCAACGGAUGCCAAAGGACAGACACAAGAAGCUACGGUAGUUUUGGAAAUUUACCAAAAGCUCACUUUCAGAGAAGUGGUGUCACCUCAGGAAUUCAAACAAGGAGAGGAUGCAGAAGUGGUUUGCCGUGUUAGCAGUUCACCUGCACCUGCUGUCAGCUGGUUGUAUCAUAAUGAGGAAGUCACCGCUAUUUCCGACAAUCGGUUCGCUAUGUUAGCAAACAACAAUCUGCAGAUUCUCAACAUCAAUAAAAGUGAUGAAGGUAUAUACAGGUGUGAAGGAAGAGUGGAGGCUAGGGGAGAAAUUGAUUUCCGUGAUAUCAUCGUUAUUGUAAAUGUGCCGCCAGUGAUCACAAUGCCUCAGAAAUCCUUUAAUGCCACAGCAGACAGAGGAGAAGAGAUGACAUUAUCUUGUAGGGCAUCAGGCUCUCCGGAACCCACCAUUGCUUGGUCCAGGAAUGGCAAGCUUAUUGAAGAAAAUGAGAAGUACAUAUUGAAAGGAAGCAAUACAGAACUCACUGUCAGGAACAUAAUCAAUAGUGAUGGGGGCCCUUAUGUCUGCAGGGCCACAAAUAAGGCAGGAGAAGAUGAAAAGCAGGCAUUCCUCCAAGUCUUUGUACAGCCUCACAUCAUACGACUUCAAAAUGAAACUACAUAUGAGAAUGGCCAUGUUACACUCAUCUGUGAAGCAGAAGGGGAGCCUAUUCCAGAAAUAACUUGGAAAAGAGCUGUAGAUGGCAUCACAUUUUCUGAAGGCGAUAAGAGCCCAGACGGCCGUAUUGAAGUCAAAGGGCACCAUGGAAGCUCAUCUCUGCAUAUGAAAGAAGUGAAGUUGUCAGACUCAGGCAGAUAUGACUGUGAAGCUGCGAGUAGAAUUGGAGGGCACCAAAAAAGCAUGUACCUUGACAUUGAAUAUGCUCCCAAGUUUAUAUCAAACCAAACAAUUUAUUACUCUUGGGAAGGAAAUCCUAUCAAUAUAAGUUGUGAUGUGAAGUCGAAUCCACCAGCAUCAAUACAUUGGAGAAAAGACAAAUUAGUCUUACCAGCUAAAAACACCACUAAUUUAAAGACAUAUAGUGCAGGAAGAAAGAUGAUAUUAGAGAUUGCUCCUACAUCUGACAAUGACUUUGGACGAUAUAAUUGCACAGCCACUAACCGUAUAGGAACAAGAUUUCAAGAAUAUAUUCUUGCUUUAGCUGAUGUACCAUCGAGUCCCUAUGGAGUGAAGAUCAUAGAGUUGUCACAGACCACAGCCAAGGUUUCUUUCAACAAACCGGACUCCCACGGAGGUGUGCCUAUUCAUCACUAUCAAGUGGAUGUCAAAGAAGUGGCAUCAGAAACCUGGAAAAUAGUACGCUCCCAUGGAGUUCAAACAAUGGUUGUUUUGAGCAACCUGGAACCAAAUACAACUUAUGAAAUCAGGGUUGCAGCUGUAAAUGGAAAAGGACAAGGAGACUACAGUAAAAUAGAAGUCUUCCAAACAUUACCAGUUCGUGAACCAAGUCCUCCAUCCAUACAUGGACAGCCAAGCAGUGGGAAGAGCUUUAAACUCAGCAUCACUAAACAGGAUGAUGGAGGAGCCCCUAUAUUGGAAUACAUCGUUAAAUAUAGAAGUAAAGAUAAGGAAGAUCAGUGGCUGGAGAAAAAGGUGCAAGGAAAUAAAGACCAUAUUAUUUUGGAGCAUCUACAGUGGACGAUGGGGUACGAAGUUCAAAUUACAGCAGCCAAUAGAUUGGGAUAUUCUGAACCAACAGUUUAUGAGUUCAGCAUGCCACCUAAGCCAAAUAUUAUUAAAGAUACACUUUUUAAUGGUCUUGGACUUGGAGCAGUUAUUGGCCUAGGAGUUGCGGCUCUAUUGCUGAUCCUUGUGGUAACAGACGUCAGCUGCUUUUUUAUUCGACAAUGUGGGUUAUUGAUGUGCAUCACCAGGAGAAUGUGUGGGAAGAAAAGUGGCUCUAGUGGCAAAAGUAAAGAACUGGAAGAAGGAAAAGCUGCAUACCUGAAAGAUGGAUCAAAAGAACCAAUAGUGGAGAUGAGAACAGAAGAUGAAAGAAUUACUAAUCAUGAAGACGGAAGCCCAGUAAAUGAGCCAAAUGAAACCACACCACUAACAGAACCUGAAAAAUUGCCUUUAAAAGAAGAAAAUGGAAAAGAAGCACUAAAUGCAGACACUAUAGAAAUUAAAGUUUCUAAUGAUAUCAUCCAAUCUAAAGAAGAUGACAGCAAAGCAUAA